AUGUUGGGCGCUUGUCUGGGCUUCCUAGAAAUUGAGACAUUAAAUGCUAGCUAUCCAAUAAGGCUAAUUUCUCGAAUGGAUCCCUUCAAGUACCUAUUUGAGAAAUCGGCUCUUAUGGGAAGGAUGGCACGGUGGCCACUGAUGGUGUCAGAAUUUGAAUUAAAAUAUGUCACUAGGAAGUCCGUAAAAGGAAAAGCUGUUGCUGAAUUCUUAGCUGACUGCCUAGUUGAAGGAGGUGAAGAUGCCGAGUUUAAGUUUCCCGACGAAGACAUAAUGACUCUAGCUGAAGAUGUUUGGAAGUUAUACUUCGACGGGGCUGCUAAUCAGAAAGGGUUUGGAAUUGGCGUGUUGCUAAUAGCACCCGAUGGGUCCCACAUUCCGCUGGUAUUCAAGCUAAAUUUUGAGGUCACUAACAAUCAAGUUGAGUACAAGGCUUGCAUUGUAGGUAUGGAAGCAACAAUCAAAAUUGGUAUAGAGAAAUUAGAAGUGGGGGGAGAUUCCAACCUGGUAGUGUCACAGGCCAAUGGUGAUUGGAAAGUCAAAGAAGAGAAGCUAAAGUCGUACCAUCAAGAUCUUGAGGAUUUCAUUCCUCAUUUUAACAAGGUAACUUUUACUCAUGUACCGAGGCUCAAGAAUCAAUUUGCGGAUGCCUUGGCAACGUUGGCAUCCAUGGUUGAGAUUCCUAUCAGUGUGAAGCUAAGGCCAAUUGUGAUCGAACAAAGGGAUACACCGGUACACCAGCAUGUCAUGGUUGUUGAUGAGCUUGAUGAUGGUCACCCUUGGUAUUAUGACAUUUGGAGAUUUGUGGAAAGAGGAGAAUACCCCAUUGGAGCGAGCAAGAAAGACAAAAUUGCUCUCCAGAGGAUGGUGGCUCAAUACAUCAUUUGUGGAGGAAAUCUAUAUUGGAGAUCGCACUGCGGCAUGCACAAGUUAUGCAUCCAUGGUGCAGAGACAAGAAGGGUAAUGGAAGAAAUUCACGAAAGUGUGUGUGAUCCUCACAUGAACGUAUGGGGAAUCAACGUCAUCGGAAGGAUCGUGCCAGCGGCAUCUCACGGGCAUAAAUUCAUUUUGGUGGCCAUUGAUUACUUCACGAAAUGGGUAGAAGUUGCUUCUUACGUCACUCUAACCGUAGUUCAAGUGGCGCACUUUAUUAAGCAAAAUGUCAUAUACCGAUAUGGAGUCCCUCAGUCGUUCGUGUCUGACAAUGGAGUUCAUUUCAAGGGAAGAGCUAGGGAAGUCUUAGACGAGUUCUAG